AUGAAGAACUCAGAUGUAAACAAGUCAAAAUGCCUGAAACGAGUACUGAAACCAGUGAUUGAGAAGAAAAGAAGAGAUAGGAUAAAUCAGAAUUUGCACGAGUUAAGAGUUUUGUUGCUGAGAUGCACGAAAGACACGCGUUUGCAGAAUCCCAAACUGGAAAAGGCGGAGAUUCUAGACCUUGCCGUUCAGUACCUGAGGAGGGAUACAGAAAAGCAUUGCAAAAGAAACGAACCUGGAAGCCAACAUCCGCCUGAUGAAGAAGUCAACCCUGAAAUAUCUGUGUCAGGACUUCAAGCACCCCAUGCACAGUUCAGCUCAGUCUACACUGCAGGCUUUCACCACUGCCUAACCAACGUCUCCAGCUUCAUGACUAAUACAGGUUCAUCUGAAGUUGACCCCAAGGUCAACAAACUAAAGGUCCGCUUGGACGGUCACUUCACCAAUUCCGGCCACCAGGGGCAUGGAAAAGAGCGACAGCUCCACCCAACCGAUGCACCAACAAGCCGCUGUCCUGACUCACCCCCCGUGUCUGAGCAGAUGACACCUCCGCACUCUCCAUUCCUCUCCCACUCCACCCCUGCAGCCCACCCCUCCAUCUCCUGUGAGCCAUCGUUCUCACACAAGGCAUCCCUACAUUCUCUUGACACCUAUAGACACUCACCCUCCUCUUCCUCUCUGGUCACGACGUAUUGCUCAUUGAGCCGUCUCACACCCUUCCACUCCCCUUCUCCCAUGAGGAGACAUGCUGUUGGUCCAAAUUCAACAAGCUCAACGUGGCGGCCGUGGAACUGA